AUGCCUCCAACGCAGAGAAAUGAGAUUACCGCUCUUUCCGAAUAUGCCUGCGACUCAUGCAGAUCGAGCAAGGUCACUUGCUCCCGCGAACAAAAUGAAUGCAAACGCUGCUCGAAAUCUGGAAUUUCAUGCAUUUACUCGCGAUCAGGCGUCAUUCGUCGUGCUAAAAAACGUAAACACGAAACACAACAGGCUAGCGGCGCAACUACUCAUCGCUUAACUCGGGCCGAUGAUGGCUCGACUUCCAAGAUUCUUCGAAGCGAUGGUGGUCCACAGUCAUAUCUUGCGGCUGAUAUUGAAAUGACUCAGGAAUGCUUGGGUGUCCCUAACAGCGCAGAUCAAAGAGGACUGUCCGACGCGCUGCUGAUGCUGACCGAAGCCUGUACAGCCACGGCUGUUGACCGCGAGCCAACUUUGCCGGACAGUGCUAAAUCCAGAAAGGGAACACGGCUUUCAUUCAAGAAAUAUGCCUCAGAAUGGUCGGAAAUCUUUGAUAAUGCCUUGCGAGGUAAACAACCCUUGCUCAGCCCGGCACCUCCUGAGGUGGUACGGUCUCUCAAAGCAGCUCGCCCAGACCAAAUUCAAGAGAAGGCCUGGCUAGUGAUGUACUACUGCAUUCUAUUAAAAGCAGUCGACGAUUCUUAUCUCAAAAACCAGCUGCGACAGGACCUCUGGGCCUCACUUGAAAAUAUCAGCGUCCUGCUCAAACCUAGCGAUGCCAAUAUUCAGGCUAUUCUCAUGGUUAUUGGUCUCGUACCGGACUUGAUCGACCCAUCAUUAUGCUGGAUGCUAUCUACAAGCGCUUGCAGAAUGUUGCAAGCUCUGGGUGUUACCCACAAAAGGAUUGACACUCAAACUCGGGAACAACGGCAGUUGAGGUUCUGGCAGCUCAAUCUCGUGGAUAAGGCGCUUGCAGUUAUAUUUGGUCGAUCUCCGACCUUCCACCAGGGGAUGGUAAAUGAGGUCAGUCUUCCAGCAUUGGAGCAGAUCCGGCCAUCUACGCAGCACCGAGCAUCAGACGGUAGUAAAGGAUAUUUUGCAUCACACCUCAUGUACCAGAAAUUUUUGCUCUCAAAGGUUAUGGCAGAUAUCUGGCAGUGUCUUUACGGUGGAAUGGAGGAUCAAAAUCGUGCAAUAGAGACGUCAAUUGUUAAUCUUGAAUGUUGGUAUGAGCAGGCACACAAGAUUCUUGAGGCUGCUGCGAUGUCCGAGAAACCAUUUUGCGACGCCCGGAAUGCUCAGUCAAUCGACAUUGGUCUUCGCAGCCAAGACUUUCUUUACCUUUACUUGACAAUUCUUCUAUCUCGAAAAUCCCCACCCCGGCACUCCCAGUGCAUCACUAGUUCCAAGCAAUUACUCUACCUGCUUCUUCACUUAUCUCCAGAGUCGGACGAACCAUAUCACCCUUUCCUCUGGCAGUUUCUAUAUUCUCCAUUCACUGCAUUUUUAUUAUUGUUUCGUGAAAUCUUACUUAACCCCAAUAAGGGAUCCGAAGGCAAUCAAGAGGCUCUGGCCGCUAUGGAGAAUCUUCCAGAGUUCCUGGACAAAAUGACCUCACGAAAUCACCUUGCCACGAGGCUAAGGGAAGCUUCCAGAGUGCUCAUUGGCCACGCGAAGUUUGUAUUGGGUUCUGGGCCAUCUAGGGCUGGAUCCGAUGGUCCAGUGGCGAAAUCGAAUUUCACAUCGACUGACACAACGAAUUUGCUUGACUUGGACCUACCAUGCAAUCAAACUGCCAUUGCAGAUGCAGCAAGAAAUCCUUUCUGUGACUUCAAUGCCGAUGAUAUUGUCGAAUCCCUCACUCAAGAACUCGAGGGCAAUGAAUUAUUUGACUGGCUAAGUUGGCUAGGUGAGACGUGA